AUGAUUACCGUCCCCGGCGUCGGUCGCUUCAACCAAUACGUCAAAUACGACUUUGCGAAAUGGACGAAUUUUCCUCUUGGACUUUCCAUCAGCAAUUAUGGCAUCACGGCCGACCCAAACGACGACGAACAUCCUUUUGAUCAAUACUAUGGUCCUAAUAAUGCGAUUCUGAAACGGGGAAGACCAUUGCAGUUGAGAGUGCCUGGAGGACAGACACAUUCGCCUAUACAAGGUGCUGAGUUCACGACUGCUUGUGAUGAUAUACUCUACGCUUCUGUGCGCACGGUAGCGAAGGUCAGCGCUGUGCCUGGUACUUGUCAUGAAUCANNAGGCUUCUUCUUCUAUCACUCCGACACCCAAGAAACAGACAUCGAGAUCCGUACUUCUUACCCCGAUCAAAUCUUUCUCACCAACCAGAAAUCCUCUGCCAGAGCUGCCGAGUCUACGUUUUCCACUGACCCGCCUUGCGAUAUGACUGCUGGAUUCCACGAGUAUAGAUUCGAUUGGUUGAAGGGCGUGACCAAAUUUUAUGUGGAUGGCGAGUAUGUGGGCGCGAUGAAGAAGAAUGUGCCUACAGUGCCUGGGAGUAUGGUUUGGUGA